AUGGGCUCUAUGCUUUCCUUGUUACCUGCUUCAUCGUUUCGUAUAACUCCAGUGUUAUACGCCUUUUCCUUCUCAUCAAUUGCCUUCUUUGUGAAAUAUGUUGUUCAGGAGGUCAUGAUGGUCUUGAUGAGUAAGGAGAGAGAUCAAGAACCUCAUCUAUUUGAAGAUAUUAGGAGAACCAAUUUGGAUGACAUUCCAAAGGAUUGGAAUAAUAAGCGAUCAACCUAUGAAAGGUUGAGAAGAAUCAAGAAGGAAGAUUUUGAAACAUUGGUCAUGUUCUUCUUUAUUGUGGUUCCAUUCUUGAUUUUCACAGAUGGUGGAGUCAAUUCGAAUUAUACAUACGGUGCCACUGGUGCUCAAUGGAGUGAUCUCUCCAUUGUCAACUCUGUAUUUGGAUGCACUCUCAUUCUGAUCUUUCCAGUGUUGAGAUUAAUUUCAACAGCCCUCACAUUCUUCGUCUCAAAGACUGUAGUUCAGAAUGUAAUGAGAAUUAUGACAAUGGCUUACUUUGCCUUAUUCAUCUUGUACUCUUUCAUUAUGAUCUUUGUUUUCAAUUAUAUUCCUGGUGUUGGUAAUAAUGGUGGAGGUGGUGGUGGAAAUACCCCAAAGUACUAA